AUGGUAUUCGUUAAAUCACUCAAGUCAGACCCUCUCGGAGUGGUUGAUACUCGACUGAGGAUGACGGACCCACCUACGGAUGGCUGCUUUUCACCUUUCUUUGCGUCAUUCACCGGGUUUGAUGCAACUGACAAAAGACAGCCAGGCAGUCAGACAGAAGCAGAAAUAAACCCAAAGCAAACUCACCGAUUCCUCGAACCUCGCGAGUCAUUCCGUGGUUUCGAUUCCAGCCGACAAUGUCCUCGACUUGAGUUAGAUGUCGAUGUCGAUAAGUACCACACUCUUGAUGGUCUCGCUGAACCCUUGAAUCCCCAAAACACACCCGCAUCACGAGGGAGCAGGGAGGAAUCCCCUGAGUCCCUUCGCUGCUACAAAAUGGAGAACCUACGGACGAGUCCAGAUCCUCAGAUAGGGGAGUUCAAUUUCGAUUGCUUCCAAGAUUCGCCAGAGGCAAGCUUUGUUAGUCAAGACGAUGGAAGUGAAUCCCCCAAACCAUCCAAGUUGCGACGCCUUUCCGUUGGCCGCGAGCAGUGGAUCAAACCUCCUAUUGCUGCCCUGGCGAACCAUCAGCCAGGCAGAAAUGGUAACUCCAAGAAAUUCGGCGAUUCACGUUCACUGCUGCGAUCCGUUCGAUUUUCUCCUCCAGCCUCGUUCUCUUCGCCCCCUCGCGCUAUACGCCGCCCCCUACCCUCGAUUGAAAGAAGGCAGGAUUAUAUUGCUUUGCAUCGACAGAAGAAGCAAUACCGGAAAUGGAACAUCACCCGUUACAUAAACUCUCAACAAUCUCCACCAUACGACAUCCCUACAAAAAUAACACAGUCUUCGGCAGCUCGCAUGCCAAAGAACUAUGAUAGGCAUCUCUCGUCCACUUCCAGCUUGCCAUAUCAUGAAACACGUCAAGCACUGUUCUCCACUCGUGCUGGCUCGGGGGGUGAUGCUCGGGCAGUGGGAGCUGGCAAUGUAGCCGACAAUGUAGCCGACGCUCAUGUUUCAAAUGGUUCGACCAUUGCGGGUAAAACAGAGCAGAACGCCCCUGCAUUUCUUGCUGUGUCAUUUUCGCUUCACAGGCCCCGACCUGCGCCUGGUACGUCCACUGCGAAAGCAUCGAAGUACGCUUUCAGAUUUCGAAUUGCUCAAACUGAUCUCCCUCACCAACCUUCUCCGCAUUUCCCUGCGGAAUUCGAACACACCACUUGCAAUCCGAUCAUCGAUGACUUGCUAUUCCACACUUGCUUCAUCAUUCCCGCGCUAGUUGUACUGCUACCUCUAGUCUUUGUGGCAACGCACCCAUUGACCAACUCCCGGGCUGGCGCUGUAAUGCUCUACCUUGCUAGGGCUUUACUGUAUCUACUGAUGAAAACCAUUAUUUUUGUGUUGUCCAGAUGCGGAGUGACUUGCAGCUGUCAGUGGAAUCCUGACACUGGCCAUUCGGAUUGA